AGGGUCCCCGGCGAGGGGACACGCUCAGCCCUGGGCAGGCGGGAGGAGGCACCGGGCACAGGGUCAGCGUGGAGCCCCCGUGCUGUGGCACGUCCCCGGGGCCAUGGGGGACAAGCAGGGGACAGCGGGGGCUCCUCGCAGCCGGGGCUGAGCCGAGCAGGGGGGGCUGAGCACAAACACCAUCAGUGCAGUGAUGGGCAGGCGGGGACGUGCAGGUGCCAUGGGGGGGAGAGUGGGGUGGUGGGGAGGGCCAAGGGGCUUUUUCUGGCACCGCAAAGCACCAACGCACCCGCCCUGGCACAGCUGGGCACCCCUCUGAGCCCCCCACCUUGGAGCUAUAGAGGCUUUGGUUUUGGGUGCCCCCCUGCCUGCACCCCGGGGUGCUGGUGGGUGCUGUGGGGAUCAGCAGGUCCCUCCUCAGCCGCAACGGCACCUAUUUAUAGCAGCCCCUGGCCCCCCCGUCGCCUGGCAGUUAUUAACACCGACAGCCCGUCACCCAAACGAGGGGGUUUAAUUAAUCACGACCCUCCCAUGGGGGCUCGUGUCCCCCUUGCCCACCCUGGGGGCUCGGGGCUGUCCCAUAGGGUGGCAGCGGGGUCAGAGGUGGUGGCACGGGGCCGGGAGCAGCCGCGGGUGUCACUGCGGGGCCACCAGAGCCACAAUGCAGCUUUGUGUCCCUGGUACCAUCGGGGACGCGAUGCAGGGGCAGGGACAACACGGGGCUGUGGGUGGCACGACACGGUGCCGCUGCCAGGGACGGGCACAGCGCGGGGAGCCGCGGCACCGCCGGAGCGGGGAGAUGCUGCCGGGCAGCCGGUGCCCGUCCCGGAGGCACUCGUGCAUCGGCUUCGACCUGGAGCAUGGCCCCCCCGGGCGGGGGGCGCUGGACCCCCAGGCCAGCCCGGGGCUGGUCCUGCAAGGGACGUUCCCCCACGGCCAGCGCCGCGAGUCCUUCCUCUACCGCUCCGACAGCGACUAUGACCUGUCCCCGAAAGCCAUGUCCCGCAACUCCUCCAUCGCCAGCGACCUGCAUGGAGAAGACAUGAUCGUCACCCCGUUCGCCCAGGUCCUGGCCAGCCUCCGCACCGUCCGGAGCAACCUGACCCACCUCCAGGACCGCACCACCAUCAAGAGAGCAUCGAGCAGCAGCCUCCCCUCCGGGAGCAAGGCCAGCCUGGCCGAGGAUGCCCAGCAGAAGCUCUCGCGGGAGACGCUGGAGGAGCUGGACUGGUGCCUGGAGCAGCUGGAGACCCUGCGGACCCGGCACUCGGUCAGCGAGAUGGCCUCCAACAAGUUCAAGAGGAUGCUGAACCGGGAGCUGACGCACCUCUCGGAGACCAGCCGCUCGGGCAACCAGGUCUCCGAGUACAUCUCCAGCACCUUCCUGGACAAGCAGCAGGAGGUUGAGAUCCCCCCGGCCAAGGACAAGGACAAGGAGAAGGAGCGGAGGAAACGUCCCAUGUCGCAGAUCAGUGGCGUCAGGAAGCUCCCGCACGGCUCCAGCCUCGCGGCUGCCGCCAUCCCCCGCUUCGGGGUCCGCACAGACCAGGAGGGGCUGCUGGCCAAGGAGCUGGAGGACACCAACAAGUGGGGUCUCAACGUGUUUAAAGUCGCCGAGUACUCGGGCAACCGCCCGCUGACGGUCAUCAUGUACAGCAUCUUCCAGGAGCGUGACCUGAUGAAGACCUUCCGUAUCCCCGUCGACACCUUCAUCACCUACAUGCUGACGCUGGAGGACCACUACCACGCCGAUGUGGCCUACCACAACAGCAUCCACGCCGCCGACGUGGCUCAGUCCACCCACGUCCUCCUUUCCACGCCUGCACUGGAGGCUGUCUUCACAGACCUGGAGAUCAUGGCCGCCAUCUUUGCCAGCGCCAUCCAUGAUGUUGACCACCCUGGUGUCUCCAACCAGUUCCUCAUCAACACCAACUCAGAGCUGGCGCUGAUGUACAAUGACGCCUCAGUGCUGGAGAACCACCACUUGGCCGUGGGCUUCAAGCUUCUCCAGGAGGAGAACUGCGACAUCUUCCAGAACCUGAGCAAGAAGCAGAGGCAGUCGCUGCGCAAAAUGGCCAUCGACAUGGUGUUGGCCACGGACAUGUCCAAGCACAUGAAUCUGCUGGCGGAUUUGAAAACCAUGGUGGAGACCAAGAAGGUGACAAGCCUCGGGGUGCUGCUGCUGGACAACUACUCUGAUCGGAUCCAGGUCCUGCAGAACAUGGUGCACUGCGCCGACCUCAGCAACCCCACCAAGCCGCUGGAGCUGUACCGGCAGUGGACCGACCGCAUCAUGGUGGAGUUCUUCCACCAGGGCGACCGCGAGCGGGAGAAGGGGAUGGAGAUCAGCCCCAUGUGCGACAAGCUCACGGCCUCCGUGGAGAAGUCCCAGGUGGGCUUCAUCGACUUCAUCGCCCAUCCGCUGUGGGAGACGUGGGCCGACCUGGUGCAUCCCGACGCCCAGGAGAUCUUGGACACGUUGGAGGACAACCGGGAAUGGUACCAGAGCAUGAUCCCACGCAGCCCGUCCCCGCCGCCCGAGGGACCCGGCGUGUCCCCCGCUGCCACCGACAAGUUCCAGUUCGAGCUGACGCUGGAGGAGGAAGAGGAGGAGGGCGAGCUGGACACGGAGCCCGAGGGGGCCGAGAGCCCCUUGGAUGAGGACAACAGCGGCUCCAAGACACCGGCUACAGAUGACUCGGGGUCGGCUGACACCGAGCGCCUGUCACCCGGCCCUGUGGACCGGGACUCGCCUGUCACCCACCCCAGGGACGUGGACAACCGGCGGGCGCUGGAGGGAACGUUGCCGAAGGACGGUGGCAGCGGGUGCUCGGUGCCGGGCGCCGAGGGCAGCCAGGGGCUGUGCCUGGACACGGAGGGCAAUGUCACAUUCCUGUCCCUGGGCAGGUAGCGGAGCCGGACGGUGGGUCCCCUCGCUACCGCGGGGACGUGGGACAGGACGCUGCCCCGGCGAGUGGCCGGCACCGCGGGGACACAAGGGGACACGCUGCCCGUCCUGCGUGGGAGCUGGGCAGGUCCUGAGAGGCACAAGGACACCGCUCGCCCUAUCCCAGCGAUUGUCCCCUGCUCCCACCCAGUGUCCCUGUGUACAGCCGCUGGGGAAAGUCCCUGUCCCCUUCAGACAGGGCUUGGGGACACUGCUCCAGCCACAUCUUUGGGGACACAGUCCCCCACGGGGCCAGGCACACCCAGAAGCAUUUUGGUGUCCCUUUGGUGUCCCCUGGCAGAACCGCAACCCCACAGCGGGACGGCGAAGGGGGCUGGUGCCAUCCCCCAGCACAAGGGACUGGGGCGCAAGCCAGCGGUUUAUUUAUUUGGGGACAAAUUCACUUUUUCAAGCCUUUUUUUGUAGCUCACUUUUUAAUCCGAGCCUCACCCGGGCGCACUCACACGCGUUCCUGCGGCAGAAACACACGUUUCUGCUCCGCGAUCGAUCCUCAAAACGCUGCCUUCGUACUUUGCACUUUGGGUCCUGGCGGAUGCCGCGACCCCCCCACAUCUCUGCAGGGGCCGGCGCAGCCCCCGGGGUCCUUUGAGUUUCAUCCUUCACCUUCCAGAGAUUAAACCUGGUUUGUUCCUCACUAA